UUGUUUGCUAUCAUAUUUAAAAUCUGCACGCUCUGCCUUUCUUGUGCAAGUUUAGCUAACUUAAUGUCGGAGCUAGCUUCACGUUAGCAAAGGGAGCGACCCGGUUUAAAUCACUUGUCCUAAGUUGCACAUCUGUUUUAUAACUUUGCUACAUAAUUCCCAGCAGGCACUUUGUAUCUGGAAAUGGCCCAGUCAACCCUCGACACGAUGCCCGGAGCCUCGACGGGGACCGUGGUUGUCACGGAGCCUCUGAACUUCUGGGGUGGAAAACGAGUGAAACCCAGGGAGGAGAAAAACGCUGAGCCCGUGUUUGAGCCUGCAACUGGCCGGGUCCUGUGUCAGAUGGUGCCCUGUGGGGCUGAGGAGGUGGACGAAGCCAUACAGAGUGCCUACGCCGCCUACCAGAAGUGGAGCAAGAUGGCAGGCAUGGAGAGGGCUCGGGUGAUGUUAGAGGCUGCUCGCAUUAUCAGGGAAAGGAGGGAAAAAAUUGCAAAGCUGGAAGUGAUCAACAAUGGGAAAUCCAUCACUGAGGCUCUGGUGGAUAUUGACAUUGCCUGGCAGAGCAUUGAGUACUAUGCCGGCCUGGCUGGUACACUUGCGGGCCAGCACAUCCAGCUCCCUGGGGGAGCAUUUGCUUACACUAGACGGGAGCCACUCGGUGUGUGUGUGGGAAUCGGUGCAUGGAACUACCCUUUCCAGAUUGCAUCAUGGAAGUCUGCUCCUGCUCUAGCAUGUGGUAAUGCCAUGGUAUUUAAACCCUCUCCAAUGGCUCCGCUGACUGCCGUCAUCCUGGCUGAGAUCUACAAAGAGGCUGGGGUACCUGACGGGCUUUUCUGUGUGGUCCAAGGUGGAGCAGAGACCGGCAGCUUGCUCUGCCAUCAUCCAAAAGUUGCUAAAGUCUCUUUCACGGGGAGUGUUCCUACAGGCAAAAAGGUCAUGGAAAUGUCUGCAAAGAGUGUGAAGCAGGUGACUCUGGAGCUUGGAGGGAAAUCUCCUCUCAUCAUCUUCAAAGACUGCGAACUGGAGAAUGCAGUGAAGGGGGCACUAAUGGCGAACUUCCUGACACAGGGACAGGUGUGCUGCAAUGGGACCAGAGUGUUUGUGCAGCGGGAGAUCAUGCCACAGUUCCUAGAGGAGGUAGUCAAGAGGACCAAGGCCAUCCCUGUUGGUGACCCCUUGCUCGAGAGCACCAGGAUGGGAGCUCUGAUCAGCAAACCACAGCUGGAGAAAGUGCUGGGAUUUGUCAGUCAGGCCAAGAAAGAGGGAGCCAGAGUGCUUUGUGGAGGAGAUCCCUUUGUCCCCAGUGACCCCAAACUGAAAGGGGGGUAUUUCAUGUCGCCAUGCGUACUCGAUAACUGCAGAGACGACAUGACCUGUGUGAAGGAGGAGAUUUUUGGCCCUGUCAUGUCCGUUUUGCCUUUUGACACAGAGGAAGAAGUGAUCCAGAGAGCCAACAACACCACCUUUGGACUGGCCUCUGGGGUCUUCACCAGGGACAUUUCUCGAGCCCAUCGCGUGGCUGAGAACCUGGAGGCAGGGACCUGCUUUAUCAACAAUUACAACAUCAGCCCUGUAGAGGUGCCAUUUGGAGGAUACAAGAUGUCGGGCUUUGGCAGAGAGAACGGCCAGGUGACCAUCGAGUACUACUCCCAGCUGAAGACUGUAGUGGUGGAAAUGGGUGACGUCGAAAGCCUCUUUUGAAGUUUUACACCGCUGUGCCAGAACUGUGACUAGAGCUCUUCACUUCUCCCUUCUUAGUGUGUUAGGCUGACACAUAAUUAAUGCAGAGUGUGUGGAACAUGAUGUAGACAAGCAUAGAUGCCGAGCACUCUUUUUUCCCCCCCAAGUAUUCAGUACUUUAGUACUUCAUUAUUACAUCAGUAAGUGAAGGAUACCUGGAUUUAAAAGUUGGUCUUUUCUGAGGAAACACACAAGCGUGCAACAUUGGGACCAGCAUUAGAGGAAGACUUCUUUGUACUGUUGUUUGGACAGCUGCUCCUUUGUAUCAAAAUAAAAUUGUAGAAGCAAA